AUGCCGUCCCUUCUUGCUAUCUGGUUCGCCGUGACCGUGGUCCUCGCCUACCCAGUCUACCGACUGCUUCAGGUUGGCCGUCGCCAUCCGCGCAUGCCACCGGGCCCGCCAACGGUUCCGAUUUUGGGGAAUGCACUUCAAAUCCCAACCACUGGACUAGGCAAAAAGUUCAAAGAAUGGGCCGACAUCUACGGCCCCAUCUUCUCCCUCAAGGUCGGCCCUACCAACAUCGUCGUGCUCUGCGACCGAAGAGCCAUCAACAACCUCUUGGACAAAAAGGGCAGCAUCUACUCUGACCGGCCGUUCAACUACGUGUCCAACUACGUGACCCAUGGUGACCAUCUGACCCUGGAGCCACAAGGUCCGUCAUGGAGGGAGAAGCGCACGGUGGUGACGAGGAACCUGAACCCCAAGAUAUUGGACGAGAAGCAUUGGAAAGUCCAAGAGGCAGAAGCCGUCAUCUUCAUGAACAAUGUCCUCCGGGAUCCUGACAGGAUCUUCCACUACGCCCGUCUGUACACCGUGUCCGUGGCCGGCUCUCUCAUCUGGGGACAUCGCGCCACCAGUUUGGACUCCUUCUGGUAUAAGGACUUUUACGAGUUGAUGGACCUGUGGCUGGAAACCCAAGAACCUGGCGCCAACCCGCCCAUCGACGAGUUUCCCCUCCUCAAAUACCUACCGGGCCACUGGAAGAAGCGAGCAGAUAAAUGCCGGGCAAUGAUGGACGACAUGUGGGACAAGGCUCGAGCUAUUGUCGACGAGCGCCGAGCCCGAGGUGACAAACGGGAUUCCUUCAUCGACGCCAAAAUCGACGAAGUGAACGAAAAGGGCACGUCUCUGUCGCCACACGCCUUCAACAAUCUGUUCGGCGAGCUGCUCGAGGCCGGGGCCGACACCACCGCCAACCACAUCUUGACGCUGAUCCUGGCUUUGGCCAAAUAUCCUCAGUUUCAGGAAAAGGCUCGACGCGAGAUUGAUGCCGUGUGUGGCACCGAGAGGGCUCCAGUGUUCACCGACUUCGACAAGCUGCCGUAUGUGAACUGUAUUGUCAAGGAGGGUAUGAGAUGGCGGCCCACUGCCCCUGCCGGCCUCCCACACAUGGUCACACAAGACGAUGAAUACGAGGGCAUGUUAAUCCCCAAAGGGUCCAUGGUCUUUGUCGGCAUCUGGGCGCUCCACCACAGCGAAGGCAAUUAUGCGAAGCACGACGAGUUCAACCCCGAUCGAUACUUGGACCAUCCGAAGCUGGCCAAUGAAUACGCCGUGAACCCGGACUAUAUGAACCGAGAUAACUCUCCACACCACUACGGAUAUGGAGCCGGUCGAAGAAUGUGUCCGGGCCUGCACCUGGCCGAACGAAACAUGUGGCGCAUUGCGGCCAAGUUGCUGUGGGCUUUUGACAUCUCCGAACCCCUGGACCCGGUCACGGGGGAGGUGGUCCAUCUGGACGAGAAUGCCUAUACCUCGGCCAUUCUGCUGUGUCCGUUGCCGUUCAAGAUCAAGGCCGUUCCCAGAAGUCCGGCCCAUCUGGCGUGUAUUGAGCGGGAACUGGCGAGCGCCAUGGAUUUUAUGUCUCAGUGGAACUAG